AUACUGUAAAUAGUAUAUGUAUAAUUGUACACACAUAAAUACACUAUUUUUGUGUUUAUAUUCUCUGAUGAGAAGAGUCUUGAGGUAUUUACAUACAUGCAUACUUACUUUAUCCCCAAUACAUACUGCUGUCGGCCUGGAUAAUCUGGACAUAUUUAGGUUAUAUUAGUGUGCAUCCUCUCGCCCAAGUAGGAGAUACAACGCAUAUGAAGAGAGGCGCUACACACACGUUGAAUUUUAAAACACUGCACCAACGCAACACUCUUUAAAACCAUAAAUAGUAUGAGGGGUAGAUCUAUUUCCCCCUCACCGAUGCGAAGGUCUCGGUCACCGAUGAGUAGUUCGUGGUCGAGGUCACAUUCGAUAGGUCGUCGACACAGAUAUUCGUCUAGUUCUUCUUCGGGGUCGAGUAGUAGUGGCUCACGAAGCCCUUCGCCAGUAACUAAACUCUGUGUGCGUGAGUUGACCAGAAAUGUCACAGCAGAUGCUCUCAAAGAGAUCUUCGAAGUUUAUGGGCAUGUAGUGAAGGUUGACCUGCCUAUGGACCGCCAAACGAGACUGUCGCGUGAAGUGGCGUAUGUACAUUUUGAGAGUAGGAGGGAAGCAGACUCCGCAAUUGAACACAUGAGCGCAGGUUUCAUCGAUGGGCGUCAGAUAUCUGUCCAGAAGGUGCUUGAGCCAAAGAAAAUGCCUGUAGUUAAAAGGCCUCCACCGAGGGCGCCGGUCAGAGCCCUGGCCAGGCGAGCACCCAGUCCAUAUCGUCGCCGCGGCCGGUCUAGACCUAGAGCUACAUCUAUAUCCCGAGCCAGGUCUCGAUCCCGAUCUAGAUCCAGGUCCAGAUCCAGAAACAGAGCCGCAUACAGAUCUAGGCCGCGGUCGCGGAAGAGAGACCGGUCGAGCUCACGAUCACGGUCACGUUCCAGGUCAAGGUCGGGUUCUGUGCGGUCGCGUCGAUCACUCUCGCGAGACUCCCCGGGUAGGCCAUUGCCCUAUUAAAUAGGUGUUGUCAAUUAAUUAAUGAUGAACGAAAAAUAUACAAAUAGACUGCAUAGGGUAUAACAAGAUAUGUUCACAUAGCCAAGCCAGAAUAUUUUUUUUCCAAUCAGAUUUUGCAAUAGUUGAUCAAGGUGAUUGAAAUCAGAAUUAGUUUAAUGCUCGUGGCCAAACCCAUCUAUAAAACUGCUAUCUCGAUCCUAUUGCUGAAAAGGAGAAGGACGCAUUUUCUUGUGGGAAUUA